AGAUGCAAAGCAAGGAAUAGCAAAGUGUGCUGAUAAAGUCAGCCAGCUCUCUCGGGAAAAGGAACGCUGCAGCAGCUCUACGAAACAGAGGUACUUGUGAAACAAAGGUGCUCUGCUGUGUGACCUGAGCGAAGGAUGGAAAGCAGCAUCAGAAGAACCGCACUGCUGGUUUGCUGCCGGGCUCAGUGGCAGAGGCCUGUUUUCACUUGAGGCUGCUGCAGAGCUGUGACAGCCCCUCUUCUCCAAGGGAAGGGGAGGAAGCUACUGAGUUCUCACUGUCAUCUUUUGGAAGUUCCUUUUCAUAUUUCCCUGGCAAUAGCAAAUGAUGGGAAACAACAGGGGCUUUUUCUGCCAAAACUGAAGAGACUGCUUGUUGCAGACGCCUGGAUUGUGAGAUGGCCCUUGGAGAUUCCCAAAUGGUGGGGAUCCCCAAGAAACCUGUCCCUGGAGAUGCCCACCAACGCUCCCCCAGCCAUGACCCUGCGUCCUGGAAGUUUCAGCUCCUGGCCUGCCCUGAGGUGAGGGCAUUAGACAAACAUGUCCUGCAGCUGGCACCGAGGUACCUGCGGAGCGAGUGCAGCCAGAUGCAGUGGCUGAUGCUCAAUGCCCUCAUCACCACCUGCGACGAGCCCUCGAAGGCCAAAAGCAUGUGGAUCCUGCAGGAAAGCCUCCUGGAGCUACUGCAGGACCUAGAUGACGAGGUGGUCGAAACGAACCUCUCCUUGCUCAAAAUGAUGCUCCAGGCUGCCAACAGCCCAGUUUGCAGCACCCUCGUUCUGGAGCUGACUGGGAGGCUCCAGCCACUCUUUCACCACACCACCAGCAGUGUGCAGCUGCUCUCCCUUGAGCUCUUCCAACGUCUGAUGCAGUCUGUCAACAAAAAGGAAAGACAGCCGAUGAAGACACGGGUGUAUGAGAACGUGAUCGAACUGCUCUGCCUCCUGCAUGACGAGAGCCCGGAGGUGGCAGAGGCCUCUCGGGUAACCCUGCUUGGAGCUGCCGCCUUCCUGAAGAAGAGGAGGCUCAGAAAGCUCCUGGAGAAGAGGAAGACAUUGGAAGUGGGCAAGUACCUGCUGUCAGGGUGCGGCAGCAGAGCCGCGCACUAUGUGCAGCAGGCAGCGCGGUGCCUUUGGAGCCAUCAGCAGCCCAUACGAGAGGCGGCCGUCAGGUUCCUGGGGCUCGCCGGGCAGCACCUGAGGGGGCAUCAGGAAUUGCUGCAGCCCAUCCAUGAGGCCCUUGAAAACCUGCCAGAAGACACCAUCUCGUCAGUAGCAAACCUGGCAGCUCAAACGCAGUGCACCCUGAGAGAUGCAGAGAGAGCAGCUCCCUCCAGACUCAGCCUGCGAGAGUGGCUCCGCAGGGCCUGGAGCAGACGGCCUUCUCUCUGGGCCCGUCGCUGACCGGGCAGCUGCAGCUCUGAGCGGGGCCCAUGCCAGGGGCUAUUCCAUGAGCUCCUCCCUGUGCUCCAUGGCAAACCUUGGACCUACCAGCAGUUUUCUUUUGCAUCGUUGCUCAGUAGUUUAGACACCGAGUUUAGCACUUGGGUUUCUUCCAGUUUGUGUACGUUUGAUUUUCUGGCUUUCUUCACCCUGUGAGAACCAUUUUCUACAGCUGGAAACUCUUUGUUACCCUUCAUGUCAACAAACCUGGAUUUGUUCCGUGUUGUUUGAGGGAUGCAAAGUGCUUUGGUAAAAACAAUAAAGCUCCG